AUGUGGGUAUUGAAAGCAAAUCUAUUAGUUGAUUACUUGACUAAUAUCAAGUUAAAUGAUGCAUUUUUUCGUUCCAACAAUUUUAUCUCACUAAAAGCCUACUGCAGCAAAGUUUUUUCCGAGAAAGUCAUGUUUCCUCUAUUAUUUACCCAGACCCUUAUUCUUUUCAAUCCAUUUGUCAGUUUUAUUUAUGCAAUUGCACCAAACAGUAUAGACUCACAUGCACGUAAAUUUUCAUUUUCCAUUGAUACUCGCACACUUUUUGCUAGAAUACUUACUUUGAAGUCGCUUGCACUUGUAGUUUAG